GCGCUUGUGCAAGUUUAUUUCCCGACUGCGCAUGUUUGAACAAGGGUCCUGCAUGCGGAAGUAGGGACUUUGCUUUUAAUAGUUUUCGGUGGAAUUUUUUUUAUUUUUUUUUACGAGUAUUAUUUUCAUCGAGUUGGAAAUUAAAUGCCUUGAUUUUUUUUUCAUUUGAAAGACCCGAAUUGUUCUGCAGCGUUGCGGUACGGCGUUGGUGCGGGAGUGACUGCGAGCUGCGAACACUGACUGGUACCUGAGCCAGGAUGGAGCCAAGUGCAGCCGCCUCCAUGGGGCUCGCUGUAGCCGUGCUCUCCAGCAUUGUCAAUGGCUCCACUUUCGUUUUGCAGAGGAAAGGCAUCCUUCGUGCCGAGAGCAGAGGAACUUCCUACUUAACAGAAUUGAUCUGGUGGAUUGGAACUUUAGGAAUGGGACUGGGUCAAAUAGGUAACUUCUUGGCCUACAACACUGCUCCUGCUGCAUUGGUAACUCCACUAGGAGCUCUUGGUGUGCCAUUUGGGUCACUCUUGGCUUCUUAUAUGUUGCAAGAGAAGCUAAACUUGUUGGGAAAACUAGGAUGUCUACUGAACUGCGCUGGGUCAGUUGUACUGCUCAUUCAUGCUCCCAAAACAGACAAUAUAACAUCAAGGGAGCAACUUGAAGAAAAACUGUUAGACCCAGUGUUUCUCGGCUAUAUCUGCAUUGUUCUCGCACUUCUUGUAUUGCUGAUCUUCUGGAUUGCACCUUCCCAUGGCUCGACCAACAUUAUUGUCUACAUUGGCAUUUGUUCACUGCUGGGCACUUUCACUGUGCCAAGCAGUAAAGGCCUUGGCUUAGCCACUCAAGAUGCAUUCAGCAAUAACCCAGCAAGUCAAAGAGCCCUGUACCUUUCUAUCAUUCUGCUAACAACACUGCUGUGCAGUAUUUUUCUGCAGUUUAUCUAUAUUAAUAAGGCACUGCGCUGCUUUGAUUCCUCCUUGUUUGGUGCUAUAUAUUACGUGUUUUUUACAGUUUUUGUCAUAUUGUCAUCUGGAAUCCUCUUUCAGGAAUGGAGUGACGUUAGUGUUGUGGACUUUCUGGGCAUGCUGUGUGGAUUUGUUAUCACAGUAUCAGUGGGGGUCCUCCUUUUGCAGGUGUUCAAAGGAUUUGCAAUCUCUGUCACUGACUUAACAAGCCACUUCAAAGAAACAUAGCCACUAAAGCAUUUAUAGGUGCUUUAUAGCUGGAGUUCUGAUUCUGGCCAGCACUGCAGUGAACAUUGUCAGAUAUUUAGAACCUGGCUAAUGGGAAUUGCAGAACAUUGUUUUUUCCCUAUGUACGUGGAAUAAUUGAUGUGAUCCAGUUUAGUUUGCACAUACAGUGUGGAAACAGGCUCUUCAGCCGACCAAGUCAGUGCCCACUAACAAUUACCUGUACAUUAGUUCCAUGUUGUCCCAUUUUCACAUCCAACACACUAGGGGCAAUUUACAGAAUUAACCCAAUUAACCAACAAACCUGCACGUCUUUAAAAUGUGGGGGGAAACCGGAGCAUCCGGAAAAACCCCACAUGGAGACGGGGAGAACGUACAAACUCCAUACAGGCAGCACCGGUAGUCCGGAUCGAACCCAGGUCUCUUGCACUAUAAGGUAGCGACAAAUUGCUAUUACCACACAGACCAGCUUGUCUGUGGCACGGGUCACUUCACUUGUUUCACGAUGUCCUUCAUCGGCCACCCCCAUUCACAAUUAUUUUUCUGUCACUGGGGACAGUGAGAAGCUGUUCAGGAGAUGGGGAAAUCCUGGCUACUGAGACAGUCACGGGAUCCUUAGUUUUCUGGGGAGGGAAUAGACAGAUAAUAUUUUGGAUCAGAACUCCAGGAGUUUGAACGAUAUCAAUCUGAAACGCCAUCUGUCCAUACCCUCCAGAGAUGCUGCCUGACCCGCUGAGUUGCUGCAGCACUUUGGGUUUUGCUCAAGUUUCCAGCAUCUGCAAUCCCUUGUGUCUCCUGUGGCUCUUUAGUUUUAUUAGGAGUGGGGCGGGGGAGGGGGGAGGUUAGUGAUAUUUAUCAAUUUUCUCGCCCCCACCUUCCAAUACCUACACCACACCCUCCACGUCGAUUAGUGGAUGGUGCAGUGGUGCAGCUUUAGAGCUGCUGCCUCACAGUGCCAGAGACCCAGGUCCGAUCCUGACUACAGGUGCUGUCGGUGAGGAGUUAAUGCGUUUUCCUGUGACCACGUGGGUUUUCUCUGGGUGAUCCGGUUUUCUCCCACAUUGCAAAGACAUGCAGGUUUGUAGGUUAAUUGGCUUCGGUAAAUUGCUUCUAGUGUUCAGGAUGUGAAAGUGGGAUAACAUAGAACUAGUGUACUGGUGAUUGACGGUUAGCGUGGACUUGGCGGGCCUGUUUCCAUGCUGUUUCUCGAAGCUAAAACUAAAAACCUCCAACGUUAAGGGCAGCUGUUAACUUUCACUUUGCACCCGCCCUGGUGUUCUAUUCAUUUAACAAUAAACAAUGGAGACUUGCAUCCUGUUAUGCUGCAGAUCUGAAUCCCUGGACAAUAAUUCCUUUAAGGUUAAAAUGGAAUUCCCAAAUGUGUUGGUAUUUCAUGAACUUGGGUCAGCCUUUUUAUUUUCAGUUUGUUAGACGUGCUCCUUUGGAGUUUGAAGUCUCUUUGUGUGGAGCUUUGUAACAAAUUGCCUUCAUUCGCUACAUUUAUCAUCUUUUAGAAGUGUUGUUUCUUUUCUGAAUACCAAGAUAUUGUCUGCAACUUCUACAGCGAAGAGUUAAGCUCAGGACAGGCAUAUAGAAACAAAGAACUGCAUCAAAGAAGAUGGACACAAAAUGCUGGAGUAACUCAGCGAGUCGGGCAGCAUCUCUGGAGAAAAGGAUAAGGUGACGUUUAGGGUCGAGACCCUUCUUCAAUGCAGAAAGGAAGGAAGGUUUAAGACAGGUUUAAAGAGUUGUGGGUAAGAAGGAACUGCAGAUGCUGGUUUAAACCAAAGAUAGACACAAAAAACUGGAAUAACUCAGCGGGCCAAGCAGCAUCUCUGGAGAGAAGGAAUGCGUGCCGUUUCGGGUCGAGACCCUUCUUCAGACUCCCUCUAGCUUCACAAUCCACAAACCUCUCACACCUUCCUUUCUAAUCCAGGGCCUUUGUUCCAAUCAACUGCCUAUCAAACCCACCCCAUCCCACCUAUGUCGACCUAUUACCUGCCAUGCUUUGUCCUGCCUCUCCCGUUUUCCAGCUUUCUUCUCCCCAUUUCUUCUUCAGCAUUUAUAGGUGCUCUAUAGCUGGAGUUCUGAUUCUGGCCAGCACUGCAGUGAACAUUGUCAGAUAUUUAGAACUUGGCUAAUGGGAAUUGCAGAACAUUGUUUUUUCCCUAUGUACGUGGAAUAAUUGAUGUGAUCCAGUUUAGUUUGCACAUACAAUGUGGAAACAGGCUCUUCAGCCGACCAAGUCAGCGCCCACUAACAAUUACCUGUACAUUAGUUCCAUGUUGUCCCAUUUUCACAUCCAACACACUAGGGGCAAUUUACAGAAUUAACCCAAUUAACCAACAAACCUGCACGUCUUUGAAAUGUGGGGGGAAACCGGAGCACCCAGAAAACCCCACAUGGAGAACGUACAAACUCCAUACAGGCAGCACCGGUAGUCGGGAUCAAACCCAGGUCUCUUGCACUAUAAGGUAGCGACAAAUUGCUAUUACCACACAGACCAGCUUCUCUGUGGCACGGGUCACUUCACUUGUUUCACGAUGUCCUUCAUCGGCCACCCCCAUUCACAAUUAUUUUUCUGUCACUGGGGACAGUGAGAAGCUGUUCAGGAGAUGGGGAAAUCCUGGCUACUGAGACAGUCACGGGAUCCUUAGUUUUCUGGGGAGGGAAUAGACGGAUAAUAUUUUGGAUCAGAACUCCAGGAGUUUGAACGAUAUCAAUCUGAAACGCCAUCUGUCCAUACCCUCCAGAGAUGCUGCCUGACCCGCUGAGUUGCUGCAGCACUUUGGGUUUUGCUCAAGUUUCCAGCAUCUGCAAUCCCUUGUGUCUCCUGUGGCUCUUUAGUUUUAUUAGGAGUGGGGCGGGGGAGGGGGGAG